UCCCGUCUGUUUGCCGGAGGAGUGUGUGUGUGAAUGUGUGUGUGUGUAUCAGUGUGUGGAUGCUUUUGUUAAUGAGACGGACAGAAAAGGAAAGCUCUGCUAUUAUCUGACGUGGACUUCUGUUUUGCUCUUUUUUUCAACCCUUUGCAGGACUGUGGGAAACUCCAGCUGAGUUUGCUGGCCGGCUUUUUUUUCCCUUCACAUCGCAGCUGGAUGAGGAAACAAGCUUGACGGACGAGUUCAACAGAGAACGUCAAGGGGGACCCUAAAGGCUGUUGUGUUCCUGAUACCAUUGCUGCUCAGUCUUCCAGGCUGAUCAGUGACCCGAUCUGCAGCAUAACCCCCUUCUGGGUCACCACUGACCUAAGAGAGGUUGUCUGGCCGGUGUGCCCAAUGUGGAAUUUGACCCCGACUGACCCUGCCCCAUAAGUAGCCUUUCACUGAGCACGGACCGGGGGGGGGGCAGGAAAAAAGAGCAAGAGGGGCAACAGAGAAGAAAGGAGGAAGAAAAGGAGAGAAGUGAGAGCAGCAGCACAGCGACCGCUUCUCCAGGAUGCCGGUGGAGACCCUGCGGCCAACAGACGGCCGCCUGGCCGGGGUUCCCUUCACCUCUGCCAUGCCCUUCAGGAUACUCAACAAAGGUCCAGACUACUUCCGCCGUCAGGCAGAGCCCGGGGCCCGUAAACUGAGCGCUGUGGAACGCUUGGAGGCUGACAAAGCCAAGUAUGUUAAGAGCCAGCAGGUAGCGCUCAACCGGCAGGCUCCUGUCAAACCACCGAUCAUCCGGAAGCCCCUGGUUCCUCCAGGGAUGAUGCUUCAGUGCCAGAUCAGCACUCCAGCCCGCAAAGUUCCCCGCUGCCCAGCUGAUGUGGAGAACGCAGGAGGGAGAGAGGGUCCAGCAGGGAGAAGAGGACCUGCUCUUAACUUGGAUAUUCUGAAUAAUCUCAUUAAUGAUGUAUGUGAUGGACCAUUGCCCUCUUCCCAGUCCUCUUCCUCCACCUCCCCCUCAUCAUCCUCUCCCUCGUCUGGAGCUAAGAGCAUCGGCAGCAGCCUGUCAGUAGAACAGGAGAGGAGCAACAGAAUCCUCAACAACCUCAAACCUUUGAACCACGGGACCACCAACUCCUCAUCCACCUCCUCAUGUACGUCAUCUCCUCUCAACAACCUUAGGACACCAAUGGCAGAACUGAGCCGUCGCCCACCCCCUAUUCCUGCACGUGCACCCCGCAUUGGGGUCCCAGCACCCUACAGCUCCCCUAAUUCAGUGACAGUGCGCAGAGUGGACGUUCGGCCUCAGGCUGAUGUAAGGAAACCACAGAGGCCCCAGCUGCAGCCCCAGCUCAGGUCACGACAGACUGCACAGGGUCAGGUAGCACACCCCCAGGUCCCACCGCCGCCUCCCCCACCCGCCCAAAACCAACCCCUGCCUCAUUCACAGCACAAAUCCCCCUCGCAGCCUCUGCCCUCUCCCCCUGCUUACCCACCACAGAGUCCAAUGUUGGUGCGAGCAGGCAUGAUCCCCCCGGCGUCCCCUGCUUUCACCCGCCUAUCAAACGCCAGCUCCAAGGGUUCCACCCGCAAACAUCCUUCCCUGCACCGCUCCAAGUCGGACCUGAGCGACCGCUACUCCCGCGCCACGGCGGAUCUUGAGCGCUUUUUCAACUACUGCGGGCUGGACCCGGAGGAGGUGGAAGGCAUGGGUGGAGUGGAACGUUUCACAAGGGCAAACUCGGACAUAGUAUCGGUCUCAAAGCUCCGCAGCGUCAGCACGCCCAGCUCAGAGUGCGGGGAUGAGGCUGAUCGUGGACGGGAUGAUGGCGGAGAUGAAGACGAUGAAGAUGGACCAGCUAGAGCCAACGAACGGGUCCCUUAUGGCAUCUCCGUCAUCGAGAGGAACGCUCGCGUCAUAAAGUGGCUAUACGGUAUCCGACAGGCACGGGACACUAGUAACGCUGUCUCUAAUGUAUAGACUGACACAAGCAAAGGACAGUGUAUGGACACAAAAGAAAACAGGGAAGCAGAACUUUCUAUAUGUAUAUUUGCGGAAGAGAGGCCGCUGCCUUACAUAAUGUUUAAGGAUAAUCCAGUAGAACUUUUUGGUCUCGUGAAGACUCGCAUUUGUUUUGGAAAUGACACAACACUGACUUCUAUCUGGGCUGCAAGUCAGGACUGCUUCCCCAUCAGAAACAUCCAAUCCCCUUCUCCUUCACUUGAUCUUGUAUAACAAUAUCGGUAUAUGAAAGCAAUAAUAGACUGAUGUAAACGAUGAAGGCAAAGGAUGUUUGUGAUUGUCCUUUCCAAUGCUAAGGUACUCAUUUUGUAUAUGUGUGUAUGUGCGUGUGUGCGAGUCAGGAAGGGAAUCAACGUUGAUACUGUGAAACAUCACAAAAAAAAAAGCUUCCAUAAAUGUGUGUAUUUUUUACAAACCUUUUGGCUAUAUGACUGUUAUUCUCUAAAUUUCUGUCAGCAUGCGAGUUAAAAACGUUUGUGUGUGCAUUUAUUUUUGGGGUUUUAUCAUCUCAAUGAAGCACAACCGUCACUACAUUACUCACACAGGUAGUCACCUCACGGCACAGAUUCAGGGUCAGUGACAGUAAAUACAGAAGCAACUGCAGUUAGUGCUGUUUGUUGUGUAUCUGACUGUGACAUUGUUCAGUAGUAUGUUUGCAUCUCAACCAUGGUCUCAUGUCUUGAAGAGGAAUCUGUUUACUAUGUAUGUCUAGGCACGAAUGACAGAGCAAGUCAUAUGAUAAGGGAUGAUCCCAUAAGUAGAUGGUUGAAGCAAGUGUAGCAUGAACAAGUUAUUUUGCCUCAAGAGAGAGAAAACUCAAGGGAGGAGUAAAAGAAAGACUGACUAGUGUAUACUCAUGGAUAAAUAAAACAGGAAUCUAUGGUAUAUAAAUAUGUCUGAUUCUGGAAGUGUCUCAGGAAGAUGUACGUGUACUUGGCAUACUAAAGAAAAAUGGACCAAUAUUUAUUUGCAAAGUGUAAUUUAAUGUAUUUUUUAAUAUUGGACAAGUUUGUACAGAAUUCAAUCUUUGCUCUUAAGUGCAAUCUGAUCGUAUCUUAAUACAAUUUCAGUAUAUGUAGGAUCACAUUUUAAACACACAUGCAAAGCCAGGCACCAGUCACAUGUUGAGUGUGAAUGUUGUAAACACAGGAAUGCUACGUGCCCCGCUGCUUUGUGGGGGGGGGGAAGAAAGUGAGACUGUUUUGUAUUUAUUUGACUUCCUGUUUGUCGCGGCGGGAGCAAAAGGCUGCUUUGAUUCUCCACCCUCUGCAUCGACUCGCUUAACUUUUCAGGACAUAGUACUUUAAAGGGUUUCUCUUCCUACCUGUCCUUUCAAUAGGUAGAUGGAGAGUAGUUUAUACUAGUGGUGGUGGUCAGAUCAGAGGGCUGGAGAAGGCGGCAGCAUCAGUGAACAAAAAGUGUGCUGUUGAACCGGCACUGGAUGCCCAAAGAGUCUUCAACUUUAAAAUGCUUUACCAUGGUGUAUUCUAAACAGUUAAUAAAAAAAUGUUGAACUAA